UUAAAGGGCAUACUAUUUACCCAAAGUGUUAUUCUCGUCUAUAAUCACCGCCAACACGAAUAUCUCCCUCGCUUCGCAAUCGGCCAUUUCCGCGCCACCGCUCUCUCUCGAAGGGUUUGAUCGAGGUAAGGACCGACUCGCCGUUUAUCUUUCGACUGGUAUUAGCAUGGCGAGGCCUUUGUCAAAUAUACUCUUAAAGGGCAUCGCAGGUCUCCCUGCAGUGCGAGUGCGGUCUACUAGUACUGUUUUUAGGUCCUUUAAUUGCAAUGGAAUGAGAUAUUCAACUACCGUGCCCAAUGAUCCUGACACACAUGAAGAUUUUCAACCAAAUAAUAAGCUUGAGAGUUCUGGAAUGUCUUUGAAGGAUAUAGUUGAACAGGAUGUUAAGGACAAUCCAGUGAUGAUAUACAUGAAGGGGGUGCCUGAUUUUCCUCAAUGUGGAUUUAGUUCCCUGGCAGUAAGAGUGCUGAAACAUUACAAUAUUCCCUUGAGUGCAAGAAAUAUUUUGGAGGACCCUGAGCUGAAAAGUGCUGUAAAAUCCUUUAGCAAUUGGCCCACAUUUCCACAGAUUUUUAUCAAGGGAGAGUUUAUUGGUGGAUCAGAUAUAAUCCUGAAUAUGCAUCAGAGUGGUGAACUGAAAGAAAAGCUUCAAGACGUUGCAACCAGUCAGAAGUCUGAAUAGUUCUCUCAUUUAAUAAAGAGAAGAUGCUGCUUGGCUGCACGAAGGAAGGCCUCUUGAAACCACCAGGCGUCUGAAUUGAAGAUUAGAAGAAAACUACUUGGGAAAAAACUUGGAAAUUUUUUCGUUGUUAUUGCAAAUGAAUGGUGCAUCAAUCACCAAAGCUGUUCCAUAAAAAGUACCUGUAGAGUGCAUUUCCUAUUUAAACAAUAAAAGCCUAUAUAUUAGUCUUCGUUUUA